CAAUUCUCAAACACCAAUAAUUAUUCUCUCUUUUUAAUUCUUUUUUAAUUUGGUGAGGAAUUGUGCUCCUUCCAAUGGAGGACGAUCGUGAAUGUAUGAGAAUAGUUGAGAUUUGUAGAGUUGCCCCUUUUCCUUCUCUAUGUUCACCUAGAUUUCUUCCUCUCACAAUCUUUGACAUAAUACUCCUUCAAUGUCCUUCCAUGUCUCGCCUUUACUUCUAUCAAAACUCAAUCACUAACAAUAAUAAUGUUCUUCAAAAACUAAAGCACUCACUUUCUCUCAUACUCACUCACUACCUUCCUCUUGCUGGCAACCUCAUUUGGCCCCAACACUCCCAAAAACCCAUCAUCCAAUUCCUCGAAGGCGACACCGUUUCACUUACCAUAGCCGAGUCAUCAUCCGACCACGACUUUCACUAUCUCUCCGGUGAUGGCUUUCGUCUACAAGCUAAAUAUUGCCAUCUUGUACCUGAAUUACCAGUGGUCGACAACCGUGUUGCAGUCAUGGCUCUCCAACUCACCUUUUUCCCACACAAAGGGUUUUCCAUUGGAAUAACUACUCACCAUGGUGUUGUGGAUGGAAAAACUUCAACUUCCUUUUUCAAAGCAUGGGCUCAUGUUUGCAAAAAUAAUCUUGAUAUCGCUCAACCAUCUUCCAUUCCUUUCUAUGAUAGAACCACAAUUCUCAAUUCCACAUCUCAUCUUGAGCCAACAAGCUUGAACAAAAACUUAAAUUUACGGCUUUCAUUUCAAACAAAACCCAAUUUGUUUAGAUACACUUUGGAAUUAAGAAGCCAAGACCUUCAAAAACUGAAGAAAUGUUUUGGUGAGUGUUCUAGUUAUAAGGCAACCGUAGCUUACUUAUUAGUAUGUAGUGCAAAGAUGAAGAGUGGUUUAAGAGAUGGAAAAAUAUAUUGCACUUUUCCUGUGGAUUUAAGGUCUCGUGUACACCCUCCUUUACCUUCAAACUAUUUCGGGAAUUGCAUAAUUGGUCGUUUGUUUUCGGUUGAGCGAAAGGAGGUUUUGAGUGAGAAUGGAAUGUUGGUUGUUGCCAAAGAGAUUUCAAAAGAAAUACAAAGUUUGGUGGAAGAAGGAAUUGAAAAGGCAGUAGAGAAAAGGGUUUCUCGAAGUAAAGUGUCAAUUGAAAAGGAAGAAAGAUAUUGCAUGCCUGGUUCACCUAAGUUUGAGGUUUACAGUGCUGAUUUUGGUUGGGGAAAGCCUAUUAAGGUAGAAUUUGUUUCUAUGGAUCGGACGCUUCGUCCACUCACUGAUAGUAAAAAUGGAGAUGGAGGGAUAGAAAUUGGAUUGGUUGGGGAAAGAAAUGAGUUGGAAAUGAUGGUUACUAUUUUCUACCAAGGUCUUCAACCACUUUGAAAUCCUUUCUCUUGAUUUACCAAGGUCUUCAAGAGAGUGAGAUCCACCACCAAACCCUCCUUCCAACUUGUUUCUGGUUUGCAACGUUUUGUCCACUAGGCUUCUUGAUGAAUUGGUGGUGAUCGAUAGGCGAGAUGAUCAUCAGGCGAUAUAACCAGGUAUUUGAUCAUUUGGUGUUUUGAUCCGUAGGUGACUUAACCAUUACGCGAGCUGAUCAAAGCAAGUUUUCUCACACAAGCGAGAUACCAACACAUUACGGGCGAGAUACAGGGCAAGAAAGCAUGCAUUCUGACUAGAUGUUCUGUCUAGACAUUAAGGCUUCUCAAUGCAUCAUUUCUUCUAGGUGAUUUGCAACGACGGUGAUGAUAAAGUUCAACAACAGUCAUGAUUUGCUACAACAAAUGAAAGAUGUAAUUCUAGUCAGACUUGUAUAAUAUCUAGUAAACAAAACCAGCACAUUCAUGAUAAAGUUCAACCCACAAUACAUUUAUGUGUCUAACAAUAAUAACAAUAUUGAAUCUUGUUAGAUCAUACCCCACCAUUAACGCUACUAGAAUAAUUUAAAAAUGGUGAGGUCAGAAAUAAUAGUAUGUAAAUCAAAAUUAAGCUACCUAAUUUAGUUAAUAUAUAUUUUAUUCAACAAUUCCAUCUCAGAUUUGAAUUCUAAUAUACAAUGAAACAAUCAAAUUGAAACGUGA